CAUUCAGGGCCGGCUGAACCUAUAGGCGAGCUAGGCGGUCGCCUAAGGCCCCCACAUGUUUAAAGUGUAAAGUGAGCAUAUUAAGUAAAGCUACAAUUGUGCUUUUUAUAAACCAGGUUCUAUUGUUUUAUACGUUAAAUUUAUAUUAUUCUAGUUAAAUUGUAAUUUUUAUUAUUAUUAUAGAUUGUAUUUCAUUUAUUUGUAAAUAUUUUUUAAUUACAAAUGUCUACUAGAAAAUAUCCAUCCGGAUAUGAAAAACUAAAAAAGAAAAGACAAAGAGAAGAACUAAUUGAAUCUCAAAAAGGAGCUAUGGACAAAUUUAUUACUAGUAAAAAACAAAAUCUUGUAGAAAAUUUGAGUGAAAGUUUCAUAAAUGAAGAAGAAAUUCAUCAAAAAGAGUUAGAAAAUAAUGAAAAUAUACAACAAAAUGAUAAUAAUGAAGAUGGUCAUGAUAAUGUUCAAACAUGUAAUGUCACCAUUCUUGAUAAUGAAGCUCAAAAUAAUUUAGAGGAGAGUGAAAAUAUUAAUGAUCAACCUAAUUAUAUUCCUACAAAUAUUUUUGAUCCAAGUCAAUGGAAAACUAUUGAUAUAAAAUUAAGAGAUUUGUUAGUAGAAAAUGGUCCAAUAAGAGUUGAUGAUCUAAACUUUCCUAUAGAUAAGAACUCUAGACAUUUUUCUACUACGCAUUAUAUUCGAAAAUUACCAAAUGGAGAGAAACAUGAUAGAAAAUGGUUAGUGUAUUCGAAAGACCUAGAUAAAGUAUUUUGUUUUUGUUGCAAGUUGUUUAAUUCAAAAUUUAAUACAAAUCAACUAGCUAAUGGAGGAACUAAGGAUUGGAAAAAUAUUAGUUCUAUUCUUAAAAAUCACGAAACAACUAAUGAGCAUAUUACUAAUAUGAAUACUUGGAUUGAUUUAGAACUUAGAUUAUUGAAGAAUAAAACAAUUGAUAAAAAUGUCCAAGAACAAAUUAAGAAAGAGAAAGAUCAUUGGAAAAAAGUGUUAUUAAGAAUAAUAGCGGUGGUAAAAAAUCUUGGUAAAAAUAAUUUGGCAUUCCGAGGAAAAAACGAAAAGAUCUAUCAAGAAAAUAACGGAAAUUUUUUAAGUAUAAUUGAAAUGAUUGCAGAAUUUGAUCCAAUAAUGCAAGAACAUGUUCAACGUAUUCAAAAUGGUGCAAUCCAUAAUCAUUAUCUUGGACAUAAUAUACAAAAUGAAGUGAUACAAUUAUUAGCAAAUGAAAUUAAAAGUAAAAUUAUAAAAAAGAUUAAAGAAGCAAAAUACUUUUCAAUUAUACUUGAUUGUACCCCCGAUGUAAGUCAUCAAGAACAAAUGACUCUCAUACUAAGAUGUGUGGAUAUUUCAACAAGUCUGAUAAAAAUAGACGAACAUUUUGUGGAAUUUUUAAAGGUAGAUGAUACUUCUGGAAAAGGUCUUUUCAAUGAAAUUAUAAAUGCAAUAAAAAAUCUUGAACUUGAUAUUAAUGAUGUACGUGGACAAGGAUAUGAUAAUGGGUCUAAUAUGAAAGGGAAAAAACAAGGGGUACAAAAAAGAAUUCUUGAUAUAAAUCCUAAAGCAUUUUACACACCAUGUGGUUGUCAUAAUCUCAACCUUGUCCUGUGUGAUAUGGCUAAUUCUUGUCCUAAAGCUAUUUCUUUUUUUGGAGUAGUACAACGAAUAUACACAUUAUUUUCUUCUUCUACAAAACGAUGGAACAUUUUACAAGAUAAUGUGACAGGUUUAACUCUUAAGCCAUUGUCACAAACACGUUGGGAAAGUCGAAUUGAAAGUGUGAAAGCAAUAAAAUUUCAAGUUCUAGAAAUAAGAGAUGCUUUGUUACAAUUGGCAAAAACAAGUGAAGAUCCCAAAACAAAAAGUGAAGCUGAUUGUUUAGCAACAUAUGAGAUUGAAAGUUUUGAGUUUUUGCUAUCUGUGACUAUUUGGUAUGAUAUAUUAUUUGCUGUUAACUCUGUUAGUAAAAAUUUACAAUCGAAAGACAUGCAUAUUGAUAUUGCUAUAGAUCAAUUAAAAGGUCUCAUGUCUUUUUUAAAAAAAUAUAGAGAAGAUGGAUUUACAUCUGCUAUGAAUUCAUCUAAAGAAAUUGCAAGCAAAAUGGAAAUAGAGCCUAUAUUUCGUGAAAAACGUAUCAUUCGUAGGAAGAAACAAUUUGAUGAGAAUAUUUCAGAGACUAACACAGUUAGAUCAAAUGUAGAUACACUAGAUCUUGCAAAAAUUCAUUAG